GGUGCAAUUUCUAGUUAUAUUCAUCCAUUCAUCAACAAGAAAUUGUUGCAGAUUUGCGAUGGACUUCCCGUAGAGGAUGUUAUAUGUGAAGAUUUGUCAUCUAGAAACUCUGGAGCAUCUCGCUAUCAAUUUCGGGAGAAGCCUAAUAUUGGAGUAGAAUGUGCUCUCUAUGGUGCUACUACUGGUGCUUUUAGGAAGUUUUCUGAUGGUCAAUGGGUUCAUGCUCUCUGUUCCAUUCAUUAA